UUAGGAGAAAUUGUAGAUUGCUAUUUAAAUCGUACUAUUUCACCAAUUGAAAGAGUACGUAUGGCAAUGACAGGUUACUUUUUUCUUCAUUUAUGGCGCUUUCACAUUACAACUCUACACCAAAAAUAUCUUGACUUUGUAUCUAUUAAACAAAAUUUCCUGGCCGACCAAAGUUUUGCUAUUUUUUCUUCUCUCUGUGAAUCAAUGGUAUUACUUGUAAAAUCUCAUCGAGACUAUUAUUCUCAAGUACCUUUUCUUCCUUGGUUGCAUUGAUCAGAGUCAUGCGAGCAUUUCUUUGGUGUAGCAAGGUAGAUAAAUCCGGACUUUGAUUUUGCUGAACUUAUUCAAAUGUUGCCUAAGAUUUCACAAUACACAAAAGCUCUACGGAAUGGAAAGUUAAAUUUUGAUAAGGAAAGAUCAGUACGUGAGGGCUACCUUUUUGACUAUACUUCUGAAUUGGAUAAGCUAUCUUUAGAAAAACUUCGCUUAUGGCCUAAUGACAAGCAAAUAUCAGAUACUAUUCAUCAUUCAUAUCUUCUCGCUCAAGAUCUUGCAGAAUAUGUUGGCAUGAUUCAACCAUUUGAUAUCUCUGUUGAUAUUGAUACCUCACAGAUCCUUAUUGAAUCACAUGAAAUUGAUAUUUCAAGUUUUGAUGUUGACAAGCAAUCCCAUGAUAAUAAUGAUGAUGAAUACGAUUUAUCAACUGCUAUUGGUGAGGCUUCUUUAGAAAUGAAACAAAUUGCUGAAACUAGUGAUGAUAAUGGGUGUGAAUUCAAUGAUGAUUUUACUGAAGGCCGUUCACAGUUGGAUGGAAUUGUUAAGCCUCCUGAAAAUUUGUAUAUUUUAAAUGAUGGGGAUAGUGUUGAUUUAUCAUGUCGGUAUUUAUCCUUCAAUAAAUUGGAUUUUGAAUUCUUGUAUAAUCAGCGAAAAUUCCAUGAAUCAUAUAGUUCAAGACCUCUUGAACGAAAAUUUAAAAUUGUUGGAGCAAAUUCAAGAAUAAUAACAGAAGAUCCAAAUUCAAUUCAACCAAAUAUGGCCAGUCAUUUUGUUGCAUAUUUCAUUAAAAAUGAAAAUCCAGAACAAAGAUUCAUAACUCAAAGGGAAAAAUGAUGGAAGGAUAAUCGAAAAAAUAUUGCUACAACAUUAGCACAGUUACACGAUCAAGAAUUAGCCAAAUCUAAAAAUGGAAAGAAAUUAAAUAAAAAAAAUGUC